GAAAAGCCCCAGCGUUUCUACUGUCGGAAAUAAACAGUGUGACACCAAGCGGAAGUAAACAACACAAGCGUAUGUCGCGUUAGCUACAUGCACGUAUUGAAUCAGCAGAAAAUAUUAUUAUUUAAGUUGCAAAUUAACAACAAUGUCUUCAUUUGUGAGUUUGAGAGAGUUUGUCAACGAGCGACUGACUGCUGCAGCUGAAGAAAUAUUCGAGGUUUUUGAAAAAACUAUCGUCGAGUACGAAGAAGAGAUCGACCGUCAGCGAAAACUGCUGGAUAACGUCUGGAAACCUGAAAUAGACCUACACGACACAGAGCAAUAUGUCUGUAAGGAGAGGGAGGCUCUCUCUGACCAGCAGCAGCUCUGUAUUCAGGAGAGGACCUCCAGUCUGGACCAAGAGGACCCAGAUCCUCCACAGAUUAAAGAGGAAGAGGAGGAACUAUGCACAAGUCAAGAAGUAGAGCAGCUUGUAGUGAAGCAGGAGACUGAUGCCUUUAUGUUUACUCCUACCUAUGAGGAAAGUGACCACAGUGAGGAUCAUAUUCUGAACUUGAGUACUGAUGAAAUUCAGAGUGUGAUGGAUGAAGCGCCUUUAAGCUACAGUUCAGCUCAAAGCUUGGUGGAAUCCGAACCAAACAUUGACCACCAGCUCCUCCUUCACACCUCUCAUGAAGCUGAGAGCCAGGAUCAGAAAAGUGGCAAACAUGUGGGUAAAAAGUCUUUAAAAUGUGGCAUAUGUGGAAAAGAUUUUAGGUAUAAUUCCCAAUUGCAGACACACAUGAAAGUCCACUCAGAUGAGAAGCCUUAUUCUUGCAAAAUAUGUGGGAAAGAUUUUGGAUAUAGCUCUGUGUUGAAAGUCCACAUGAGAACCCACACAGGGGAGAAGCCGUACCUUUGCCAUACCUGUGGGAAAAGAUUUGGUCAUACAAGAGUACUGAAGAGUCACAUAAGAACUCACACAGGUGAGAGGCCAUAUUCAUGCAAAACAUGUGGGAAAGAUUUCAAACGUAGCGACGAAUUGAUCAUCCACAUGAGGACGCACACAGGUGAGAAGCCGUACACUUGUCAAACUUGUGGGAAAGGUUUCACGCGUAGCAAUUAUUUAACAGCUCAUAUGAGAACCCACACAGGUGAGAAGCCGUACCUCUGCAAGACCUGUGGGGAAAAAUUCAGUAACAUUUCAGCAAUGAAAAGGCACAUGACAAUCCACACAGGUGAGAAGCCGUAUUGUUGCAAAACAUGUGGGAAAGAGUUCCUACGUAGGUAUGAAUUGAUAGUCCACAUGAGAACCCACACAGAUGAGAAGCCGUAUACUUGUAAAACUUGUGGGAAAGGUUUCACGCGUAGCAAUUAUUUGAUAAUCCACGUGAGAACCCACACAGGUGAGAAGCCGUACCUUUGCAAAACCUGCGGAAAAAGAUUCAUUGACAUUUCAGGAAUGAAAAAGCACAUGAGAACCCACACAGGUGAAAAACCCUACUUUUGCAAGAUCUGCGAGAAACAAUUCAGUGACAUAUCAACAUUGAAAAGGCAUACUAGAACCCACACAGGUGAGAAGCCGUACCCUUGUAAGAUCUGUGGAAAAGAAUUCAUUGACAUUUCAGGAAUGAAAAAGCAUAUGAGAACCCACAAAGAAGAGAACCCAUAGAGAAGCAAAAUGUUGAAAGAUUUCAGACAUAGGUAUGAGAUGAAUGAAUGCAUUAGAAGAAGCAACACUGGUGGAAAUCUUUGCUUUGUUAAAGGCAUUUUUGGAGUCCCUACAGAAAUUUAGUCUUUUUUUAACACAACGAGGAGCCAAAAUUCACUAAACUCAUUUUUUAUUUGUUCUGACACACAUAAAAAGAAUAUGGGGCAGGCUCGAUGCAAAGAGUAGCAUCCAGCAAAACUCACAACACUCAAAUCAAAAUGUCAAACUAGACGGCGCUGAUCGAACAUGAUUCAACAUUCAGUUCCUGUGUUAUCUGUUUUUUGCUUCAAAUGUUUUAAUGUACUGUUUUAGCUGUAAUUUUAAAAGACUUUGUGAUCAGGCUGCCAUGUUUUUCCAGCUUGAAAACAGACCAAUGGAGCCCCAAUUUGCAUGUCUGGCUACUAUGUCCCACGCUUAGUCACUCUGAUUGAUUGUUAGUCAAUCCAGGGGCAUUUUGGUUUGUGUUUGUUGAUGACGAAAACCAAGAAAAGAACAGUGGCAGACUAUACACAUUUACAAAAUAGUAUGUGAUAAUAGAAUCACAUACAGUAGUGUUCAAAAUAAUAGCAGUCCAAUGUGACUAACCAGAUUAA